GGACUGCUGUCCACAGAUCCAGCCACCGUCCCCUUUCGUGGUCACUUUGAGUACCGAUGGAAGGUUUACACCGACCUGCGGAAGACCAUCCAAGAAACCGCGGGGUCAUUGACGCAAUUCGCCUGUGGAUAUCAACAGCUGGGAUUCACCAAGGAUGAGGAGACUGGAAGGAUUACGUACCGCGAAUGGUUGCCACCUGCUCAAUCCAUGUCAUUGGUGGGCGAUUUUAACAACUGGAACGAAGGGGCGACGCCCAUGUCCCGCGAUGCCUUCGGUACAUGGGAGGUGACUUUGCCGCCGGAGGCCAUUCCACAUCGGUCCAAGGUGAAGUUCUGUGCCCUGACUCCAGAUGGCUCCAAAGUCUAUCGAGUGCCUGCUUGGAUCCGCUGGUCUUGUCCAGACCUAGGGAAGUUCGGCUCGACCUACGAUGGCAUCUACUGGGAUCCUGCCAGCAGCACGGAUGACCUUUGCUUCAAGGGCUUCACUGCCCCGCGUCCUGAAAUGCCACAAAGCCUCAGGAUUUAUGAAGCGCACGUGGGUAUGUCCUCCAUUGAACCCAAGUGUAACAGCUACCUGGAAUUUGCAAAGGACGUGCUUCCACGAAUCAAAGAGUCCGGCUACAAUUGUAUUCAACUGAUGGCUAUCAUGGAGCAUUCCUACUACGGCUCUUUUGGUUAUCACGUGACCUCCCCCUUCGCGGUGUCCUCUCGUUCGGGCACCCCGGAUGAGUUCAAAGCCUUGGUGGAUGAAGCACAUCGAAUGGGACUGCUGGUGCUCAUUGACUUGGUGCAUUCCCACGUCUCCAACAAUGCAGAUGAUGGGCUGAACGGCAUGGAUUUUGGCCAAGCAGAAAGCGAUUCAUACUUUAUGACAGGUGACCGUGGCUAUCAUCGACUCUGGGACUCACGUCUGUAUUGCUACAAGAACUACGAAGUCCUUCGAUACUUGUUGUCCAAUCUGCGCUGGUGGCUUGAAGAAUACAACUGUGACGGCUUCAGAUUCGAUGGAGUUACCUCCAUGUUGUAUCAUCAUCAUGGGUUGUACAUGAGCUUCACUGGCAAUUACGAGGAGUAUUUCAGUAUGCAGACAGACGUCGAUGCGGUGGUCUACUUGAUGUUAGCCAGUGAGCUGGUGAAGAGUCUACGACCCAAUGCCAUCAUGAUCGCAGAGGACGUCUCGGGCAUGCCUGGACUCUGUGUGCCAGUGGCCGAAGGUGGUAUAGGCUUUGACUAUCGCCUGGCCAUGUCUUUGCCAGACCUCUGGAUCUCCCUUUUGAAGGAAGCCAAAGAUGAGCACUGGGGCAUGAAUCACAUCAUCUCGCGCAUGUGUAACCGCCGCCGUGGAGUUGAGAAGACCAUCGCCUACGCCGAAUGCCACGACCAAUCCAUUGUUGGAGACAAGACAAUUGCCUUUUGGUUGAUGGAUGCUGAGAUGUACACUGGUAUGGGCGAUGAUGGAACGCAAGGGACUGUCGCAAUCGAACGCGGCAUGUCACUUCACAUGAUCAUCCGGGCCAUCACCAUGGGCUUGGGUGGUGAAGGCUACUUGAACUUCAUGGGCAAUGAGUUUGGACACCCAGAAUGGGUAGAUUUUCCACGAGAAGGCAACAGUUGGUCCUCGGCCCAUUGCCGACGUCGUUUCGACUUGGCCGACAGUGGCCUAUUGAGGUACCGAUUCCUUCUCAAGUGGGAUGUUGCCCUUCAUGCACUGGAGGAGAGCACUGGCUUUGCGAGCGACGAGCACCUCUUGGUUUCCAGUCAACACGAGGAGGAUAAGGUGAUUGUCUUUGAACGCGGCGAGCUUAUCUUUGUGAUCAACUUACAUCCUUGCAAUGACUACAUGGACUACAAAGUGGGCGUUCGUGAACAUGGCAGGUACAAGGUUUGCUUGGAUUCGGAUGCCUACGACUUCAGGGGAAGAGGACGCACGGUGCACGAUUGGGUUUACUUUUCUGCACCGGAAGGAGUACCUGGAGGCCCCGGCAACUUCAACGACAGAAUGGCUUCGAUCACCUUGAAGGUAGUGCCGGCCCGCAGCUGCACAGUCUAUGAAAAGCUGCUGGAGGGCCAUGCCCAACAGACCGGCAUGGACACUCCUGUCGCGCAGGCGAUUCGACAUGCAGUCGAUGCCCACGAGGCGUCUGCGGAGGAGAGACGAGAGAUGGCGGACCGUGUUCAAGGUGCUUGAGGCAUCCCGCAGUUGAUCACCGCAAAAAGUUCUCAAAA